AAGCUCCUUGACGCCACGUUGUUCUCUCGCUUUUCGUCCGGCGCAUUCGUGACGAAGUACAGGUGUGGUUAGAUUCGCUAUUCGCGAAUUAAACGGAUGUUAAACCGACAACGACGCGAUGGCAAAAUUCGACUUGACGUCUCGCAUAGGUCAAUAUCUCGACCGCCACUUGGUGUUUCCUUUAUUGGAGUUCUUGUCGGCGAAGCAGAUUUACGAUGAGGAUGAACUUCUGCACGCGAAACUUGACAUUCUCAGCAAAACGAACAUGAUCGACUAUACCAUCGACAUUAGGAAGCAGCUUUAUCCCAAUGUAGAUGUGCCGGAGGAAAUAAAAGCCAGACGCGCUGAUGUGCUCCAAGAGCUUGGUGUAUUACAAAACAAUGUUUCGGUAGUCCUGGCUCUUAUGAAUAACGAGGAAGUUAUGAAGAAAAUGGAGAAUAUGCGUGAUUCCAAAGCGCUUAAUAAUUAUCUUACUCAAGAAUCAGAUUUUAGAGUAGAAAUGAUGGACAGCUUUGUGAAGCUAGCAAAAUAUCGUUACGAAUGUGGCAAUUAUUCUGUUUCUACAUCAUAUUUAUACUUUUAUAUGCUGAUUAUGCCUCCUACUGAUAAGAACUAUUUAAAUGUUUUGUGGGGAAAAUUAGCAUCAGAGAUUCUUGUACAAAAUUGGGAAACUGCUUUGGAAGAUGUAAACAAGUUGCGAGAGUAUAUCGAUAGUAAUGUUAUCGGUAAUUCACUGCAAGUAUUACAGCAACGUACAUGGCUCAUUCACUGGAGUCUAUUCGUAUUCUUUAAUCAUGUAAAAGGAAGAGAUCUCAUUAUUGAAAUGUUCCUUUAUCGACCACAUUAUUUAAAUGCCAUUCAAACAAUGUGUCCACAUAUUCUUCGUUACUUAGCUGCGGCAGUUAUUGUCAAUCGUUCUAGGCGGUCUAUUCUGAAGGAUCUUGUGAAAGUGAUACAGCAGGAAUCUUAUACUUAUCGGGAUCCCAUCACAGAAUUUCUGGAACAUCUGUACGUUAAUUUUGAUUUUGAUGGAGCUCGGCAGAAGUUGCAAGAGUGCCAGACUGUCGUCUUCAACGAUUUCUUUUUGAUUGCUCUACUAAAUGAAUUUGUGGAAAACGCACGAUUGAUGAUCUUUGAAACAUUCUGUAGAAUUCAUCAGUGCAUUAGUAUCCAAAUGCUCGCGGAAAAAUUAAAUAUGAAGGCGGAUGUUGCUGAGUGUUGGAUUGUCAAUUUAAUUCGUAACGCACGUUUGGACGCUAAGAUCGAUAGUAAAUUGGGACAUGUAGUAAUGGGAGGACAACCGGCGUCCCCAUAUCAGCAAUUGGUUGAGAAGAUUGAGACUUUGAGUGUACGAAGUGAAGCACUAGAGAAUUUAAUUGAGAGAAAAUUAAAAGCGAAGAAUCAAGAUCCAUAUCAACAUUCGUGGAAUUUGGAUUUGUGACAUUUCGAUGUAACGUGGAGAAGUAGUGCCGAAAAGAGAUAUUUCGACUAUUAAUAUUAAUUAGAUUUAACAUCAUGUAUUUUUCAAUUGUAAGAAAAUAUUGAAAAUAGGAUUGUAACAGUAUGAAGUUAGAUCUAUUUUUAUUCAUCAUCAAUUUCUUGAUAUUGUCAAAUGAUGCUUUAACAAAACAAAGCGACCAAUAAUAUUUUAUAAAAGAAAAUAUCGCAUUUACUUAUUGUACAGUUCCAUAUCUUCAUAAAUCACAUUUUUAGCUUAAAACUAUGAAAUUAUGUCAUUCUGUCAAAUAUAUGCUAAUAAAAAGCUUCAAAAAAUAAAA